CCUGCUCUCUGGCUGCCUGAAGAAUGGGGGAGAACGUUGCCGUUGUCUUCAAGGACAUUGGAGUGCUCCACAUCGAUGGACUGACCUUCCACAUGAAAUUCUAUUACGACUUCCUUGAGAAGCUGUCAGGGAAAGAGAAGUUCAGGAAAGCUCUUCUCAAGGCCCCCUGGCUGCUGGACAUGGUGGUGUCCCGAGCGGCACCGGUGGCCUCCCUGGCACUCUCUGGCUGCCUCGUCGUCUUUCCCAAGUUUCAAAUGGAGUUUGUCCCCAAACCACCACCUGGGAUAUCCCGCAGGUCCUCAGGAGGCAUCCCUGCGGAGGGGGAAACCAAAGGAAGAGGAGGCCUGAGCGCCCCUGGUGAGUGA